GCGUAAAGUACAGUAGGAUAUAAUAUAAUCCAAUAUGGCAAACUCAAAAUAUGAGUAUGUGAAAGCAUUCGAGCAGCCCGACGUCCUGCUCCCCAAUACUUGGAUCGUCGUGCGAAUCGAUGGCAGGGGCUUUCACAAACUCACCGAUCGCUAUAACUUCACUAAGCCUAAUGAUCGCCGCGCCCUGGACCUUAUGAAUGCCGCCGCCGUCGAAGUCAUGAAGGAUCUUCCUGACCUGUGUAUUGCGUAUGGCGUUAGCGAUGAAUACAGCUUCGUCUUCCAUCCAAGCUGCCAGCUCUUUGAGCGACGGAACGGCAAACUCGUAACAACAAUCGUCUCAACAUUCACAGCCCACUACGUGUAUCUCUGGAACUCUUAUUUCCCUGAUUCGCCGCUCCAAUCGCCCCAUCUGCCGUCGUUUGAUGGCCGUGCGGUCGUGUAUCCGUCGACCCAGAAUCUAAGAGAUUAUAUGAGUUGGAGACAGGUUGAUUGUCAUAUCAAUAAUCUUUAUAAUACGACGUUCUGGAUGAUGGUGCUGAAGGGAGGAAUGAGUAAUACAGAUGCGGAGCAGGAGUUGAAGGGUACUGUAUCAGCAGACAAGAAUGAGAUCCUGUUCAAACGGUUCGGAAUCAACUAUAACAACGAAGAGGAGAUCUAUAAAAAAGGCAGCGUGGUCUAUCGUCAAUAUCAACUAGAGGACGUCAAAUCGAAAACGACAGUCCAGGAAGAGCCGGCGUUGCAGGAAGGCCAAGUCUCGAAGACGCAGCAGGAGAAACUGCGUAAACUGCGCCGAAAGGCCCAGGUGGUUGUUGACCAUGUCGACAUCAUCAAGGAUGAAUUCUGGGAGCGGAGACCGUGGAUUCUGUCGGGGAAGCCGGGAAAGCUGCCUGCUGAGUAG